AUGGACAUUGACAUCUCCGACAUUCUUGCGGAUGUUUCGCGCUCACAACCCUACUCAACAUCCACCUCUCACCAAUACUCCUCGAGUGACACGGACGCUUUCUCAGACCACCAACUCCUCACCCGCGCAUGGAUAUCAGAGCGCUGCGCACCCGAUCUCCUUCCUUACCCUACAGAACUUAUGACCCGCGUAAUGGCGCGUGUCCAGUCACAAAUAUCGCGUAUCGAAAACCUUGCGGGCGGAAUGGGCGAUGGUUCCUCGUCACUCUACUCAAAUUCAGUGGAUGGUACGACCGGUGGAAAGCCAACUACCAGCACGCAGAAUGCCAAUCUAGUUCUCGCGAUAUUGCAGACAGAUUUAUCAAGGACACAGUUUCUGGUGAGGAGUCUGUUAAGACAACGCCUUGCCAAGAUGACCAAGUACGCCACCUGGUAUCUCUCUCGCCAUCUAAACUCCGAUACGAAGACGUCUACUAUCAUGUCAACGUCGGAAGUCGCCUUCCUGAGGCAUCACCAGGCUCUCCUGGGAGAACUGUACGAUUCAAGUUUUCUAAACUCCCUUCCGAUGGGAUUGCGGAGGUUGGACGAUUCAAGCGGAGGGGUACCCAUGAUUGAAGGGCCAGAUAGCUCAAAGGCCGUUGUUGUGAGAUGCUUAAACGAGGGGACGUGGAGCAAUGAGCGGGACGUUGAUGAGAACAGGGAUCAGGAACAAGAAGAAGGUGCUAGCGUCGUGCUGAGGAUGAGAGGAGGGGAAGUCUGGGUUGUUCGGUGGAAGGACGUUAGGAAAGGCGUUCAGAGGGGGGAGGUAGAGUUGUUAUGA